AUUUUGUGCAUUCCAUCUUCGGUCUAGUUCUAGCUUGUUGGUGCUGCUUCUUGCGGCGGCUUUGAGAGGGUAAUUCCAACGAGGUGGAGAAUCUGUAUGCAUAUGUCAUUGAUUGCUUGGGUUUCUCGAAUUUGCAGGUUCCAUCCUCUUCGCUACAUUUUCAUUGUCUUCCUGUACUUAUCUUCGAGCGUAUUUGUUGUAAUGUACAGCCUUUAUGGAUUUCCACUCUUAACUAUGCAUAGUUCCGCGAUAUUUAGCGUGGGAUCUUUGAUGCCAUUUCAUUGUCGACGAGCCAGGCCGCUGGGUUCUUUGCUCGGAAUGUUAUAACUGCCUACUUUAAAGCUUUCUGCUUCAUGUGUUUCUCUAUUUCCGUCCUUCGAAGUAUUCGACUCAUGAUACCUGCCAAGGAUGGCGGACAUUAUCAUUGCAGAUUCCAGCCCAAACA